AUGGUCCAGCCGGGCUAUGGCAGCUUGGACACGCCUCGGACCAACCUUGGAGACGCGACAUACCUCAGCGCCCGCCGACCCGAUUUCGCCGAUAUCACCCAAGAACCCUCCUUCGUCUCCCCUCCCAAAGACGGCAACAACCUCCUCAACCAGCUUCGGAAUGGCCGAUCUGGGGGCGUCAGGGGCAAGGAGAAUGGUGGCGUACCCGCGACACCGGCCAUGGACACACUCGAGGGGGAUCUAACACCAGUUCCGGCCGGCGAGGUGUCCAUGUUUGGCCGGUCCUAUGCGGACGCGACGCUGCCAGUCGUAGACACGAGUAGUACCGCCUCUACGCCCAUGGCUCUUCCUACGAGACGCGGCAACGGGAAAGGCCCGCUACAGGACGGGAACCAGCUCUCGCUAAGAGAACAGGAAAACGUCAUCGAUAAGAUCGAAAAGGAGAAUUUCGGCCUGAAGCUCAAAAUUCACUUCCUCGAAGAAGCGCUUCGGAAAACUGGACCCGGGUUUAGCGAGGCCGCACUCAAGGAGAACACCGAGCUAAAGGUCGACAAGGUUACGAUGCAGAGGGAGCUACACCGGUACAAGAAGCAUCUCAACACGGCAGAAAAAGACUUGGAGACGUUCAGGCAACAAAUGAUUGAAUUGCAAGAACGUACAAAGAAGAAGUAUGCAGACGAAAGCCAGCGCGUCGAACUAGAACAGCUUAGGCGCAUCCUCGACGACAGGGAGACUGAGCUAGAGGAGCUGAAACGUGAGCUCGACGAAGGACAGAGGGACCAGGCUCGCGUCGACAAGCUUCGCGACGAAGUAAUGGACCUCGAAGCCGACAUCCGGGAAAAAGACCGCAUCAUUAGCGAGCAUGAGGAUAAUAUCGAAGACCUCAAGGACAAGCUUAGUGGGGCCGCGCAGGAAAAGGAUGAUUUACUGGAGAGGGAUGAGGAGAUUGAACAGCUCAAGGCAAAACUGGCGGCUUCCGAAGCCGACAGGAAGACUGCGCAGCGCAGAGUUCUUGAACUAGAGGAGAAAGCCCAGAACAACGAUGAGCUUGACGACGCUCGUGACACCAUCGAAGACCUGGAGCGGAAUGUGCGUGUUUUGGAGACGCAGGUGGACGAGAUGAAGGACCAAUUAGCAGAUGCUCUGUCGGAAAAGGAGCGCGCGAAUCACGAUUUGGAAGAGUUGCAAGAUGAGAUGGCCAACAAGUCCGUUGUCACCAAAGGCCUAUCGCGCCAGAUCGAGGAGAAGGUCUCCCGCUUGCAGACUGAGCUCGACCAGGCCGGACACGACUAUGCUGAUCUGGAGCGCCAGUUUUCUGACUGUCACAAAGAAAAUGAGGACAUGAGGACAAAGUACAGGGAGGCUAAGCGGGAACGGGACGCGUCCGAUCGCGAGCUACAGGUCCUCAAAUCCGAGUACGCCGAUCUCCAGGCCGACAUGGAUGCGCAAAAAGACCAGCUGAGCAUGCUCGAGUCCCGGAAUGAUGCUCUCCGAUCUGAGACGGUCUCGUUCCAGCGCGAAAUUUCCCAGCUCAAGAACACCAUCGGCGAUCUCGAGGCCGGCCUUGGCAAAGAGCGGCAGCACACUCUUGAUAUCGAGCGUGACAUCAGGAGCCAAUACCGCCAGGAGAUUGAGAAGCUCAACGACGAGAUCUCCGACCUUCAGGCCGCGAUUCGGGAAAGGGACAACCUGUACGACAACGAUAGCGACAAGUGGGAGUCUGAAAAGCAAACACUCGAGUCCGAGCGCGACCGUGCGGAAGAGAAGGCUGCCGGCCUACAGAAGACCAUCGACAAACUCCGCGAUGUCGAGGGUACCCUGUCAAGCAAGGAGACCAAACUCCAGCAAGCCAUUCAGAGCGAGUCGGACCGUCACAAGAACGAAGAAGCGAUCCUGAAACGACAAAUCCAAGAAUUGCAGCAGUCUCUUGAUCACCGGCAAACGAUGCUGAAUGAGCUACGGACCGAGGUCUCUGGCGUGCGCGAUGAGCUUCGCCAGUCUUCUGUCGACUUCCAAGCCCAAACGGAACGCGUCAGCGCGCUUAAGGACGAGGUAGAUGUGCUCCAGGCUGCUCUCGACAACAGCUCGGACAAGUCGCGCAAGGACCUCGACACUAGCCGGAAGGAGUGCGAAAACCUCAGGCGAGAGGUGGAUGUGCUCCGGCACGCCGCAGAUCUGGCGAAGAGCGCUACCAGCGCAUCGCACGAUACCGCCCAGGCCACUUCCGGUUCCCUCGACAGGCUACGCGAUCAGCUCAGCGAAUCUUCAGCGCAACUCACUCGGCUUACCCGGGAAAAACAGACGGUCCAGGACCAACUCGCCACCGCCAACAUCAAUCUGCAUUCUCUUCAAGGGUCGCUGGCAGAGGUGGAAGCGGAGAGGAACGAGCUCCAGGCGGGGUUUGAGAGGUCGCGGAAGCAUGGCGAGGAAACGUACCGCUUCGACCAGGAGAAGGUGGAGCUCCGGACGGCUAAAACCAAGCUCGACAUCGAAGUGCGCCGGUUGAAGGAGGAGAUCAAACUCGUCUCCGAGCAGAGGCAAGCGAUCGAGGACUCCCUUGAGGCCGAGAUUGAUAGGGCCGCCCGUGAGGAGGAACGGCUCAAUGAGGAUAUCCUACAGCUUCAUGCGCAGCUCCGACAGUCCUCCACUUCUGACAACCAAGACCUUGCAACUGCGCGCCGCACAAUCAGAGAUCUCGAACGUCGCAUCGAUGACUACGAGAUGCAGCUUGCGGCUGCUAGCGGCAGCACGAGCUUUGGUGCGGAAGGCAACAGCGAGCUGUCGAUGAUUCGGAGAGAUCUUACCGCAGCCCGGGCCAAAGAACUAGACUACAUGCAAAAAGAGACGACGCACAAGGAUGUCGUGAGGGGGCUCAAGCGACAGGUUGCGGAGCUCGAGCGCCACGUGCACGAAGCAGAGGUAUCGCGAUUGAUCACGUCGCCAGGGUCCAUUUCUAACGGAUCGGCCCGGAAGAGCGAGGUGGGCGAGCUUCGCGGCCAGCUUACCGCAGCGCACCAGAUGGCGAACGACCUCAAGGCCAAGCUCCGCGAGGCAGAGCGCCGGGCCUCUCAGUCAUCCCGAGAUGUCCAGACGCGUCUCGAAGAGCUCGAGGACGAAAGAAUGGCUCUUGAACAAGCGCUCGAGGAUGCCAAGAACGAGUCCGAGGAGGCGGCCGCCCAACACGAACGCCUAAUCCGGAAACUCAAGCUCAAGCUUGACAAGGCCGGACGUGAGGCCGCAGCUGCUGCCGCCUUGUCAUCUAGCAAAGCGGAUGACAAGGUGGCAACGGCAGAGCGCCGGGAUUUGCAGGGCAUGCUCCGCCAGGCGCAGGCCGAGACGGAGGCCCUCGAGCAUGACGUCCGGCAGCAGCAGGAGAUGAUGGAGUCUCUCUUGGCCACCGAGGCUUCGCUGAGGCGGAAGCUGGAGCGCGCGCGCAGCGAGAGGGCCGCCUACCGUGUCAGCGCGGAGAAGCUGCAGCGCGACGUCAAGACGCUCAAGUCGGCGCAGUCGAUCGGCGAUAGGGCGGCGCUGCGGUUCUCCGGCAUGAGCGAGACGACGGCGGUGGAGGCGGCCAAGCCUGCAGACGGCAGGCAGCACGAAAAGGAGAUUCGCGGUCUCGUCAUGCAGAUGGAGUGGAUGCAAAAAGCUCCAGCUCGACGUCGCCAACGCCUGCAACAAGGCACAGCUUCGCGAACUCGAGUCCAUCCGCACCGAGCUCCUCGGAUCCCGCCGCUCUCCUCCCCCACGCGGCGCCAGCAACUCGCGCUGGUGUCGGCUGGUGCUGCCGACCGCCCGCCUCGGCCGACCCUGCGCACGGUGGCGCUCGCAGCUCGGUUCGUGGCUCGCGCCCGCAUGGCUGCCCGGUCGUGGUCCGAGCAAGAGGAGAAGCGCAAGAGGCUAGUGGCCUGCGUCGACGACAUGAAGAGGCAAAAGAGAGCGAGGCAGGUGGGCAAUAUUGGCAGCGGCGGCGGCGUUGGUGUCGUUCGCGUCUAA